AUGGCCACGGCCUGCAGCAUGGUGUUGCUAUCACCUUCCUCGUGCCCAUGCUCCGGGCCUCGGCCAGACAAGCUGGAGCUUCCGUCGCGCGAUAAUGGAACCCUGCAAAGCAUCAAGAUAUGUUACCGCUGCAUCUUAGCUAUGCAGAAGCUGAAUGCUGCUGCUGUGACUACGCCUGAGGAUGGCCUACCUGAGGAUGACCUUGCUGUGUUACUGAGAAGCGCAGUCAUGGAAGACAACACGGUGAUAAUGACCUUCACGAACAAGGCUUGGACGGCGGCUGGCUCGCUGCUUGACCUCUUCAUGGAGAGCUUCCAUGAAGGGGAUAAGACAGAACCCCUGCUCAAGCACCUCAUCAUCGUGGCCGUCGACGACAAGGCCUUCGAGCAGUGCAAGCUGGUGCACCCGUUGUGCUACUUCCUCGAGGUGGGCGGCGUCAACCUGACGAGGGAGCAGGCGUACAUGAGCAAGGAUUACCUGGAGAUGAUGUGGGCCAGGAACAAAUUCCAAACCCGUGUCCUGGAGCUCGGCUACGCCUUCCUUUUCACGGACAUGGACAUCCUGUGGUUCCGGAAUGCGCUGCUGCACGUCCCGGUGGGCGCCGACAUCACCAUCUCCAGCGACAAGUACCUCGGCGACGACCCGUAUGACCUGGAGAAGAACGCCAAUGGCGGGUUCGUCUACGCCAGGCCGAACCCGAGGACAAUUGGCUUCUUCAAGGGUUGGUACCAGGCGAGAUCUGGGCGCAUGAACGAACAAGCCGUGUUUGACAAGAUGAAGCGUGAGCUGUCGCUGCAGCACGGCGUGGAGGUGCACUUCAUCGAUACGGCCUACUGCGGCGGCUUCUGCCAGCCCAAGAAGGACUUCCGCCGGCUCUGCACGUUCCACGGAAACUGCCUCAGAGGGCUCAGCUUGAAGCUGGAGCGUCUCCGGGGCGUCAUGGAUGAGUGGAAGCAGUUCAAGAUUGCGAGGCAGGAGGAGCUUGCCAAUAAAAACAACACUUUAUCGGGAUGA